AUGGUGAUCACAUCAGUAGUCAGUGGUUCUGGGACUCUUGAUUCUGCUUCAAUCAAAAGUACUUUAUUUGAAGCGAUGAGUCGGCACCCUCGUCUGAUGCGUCGUGUCUCGACAUUCAACACAUUCUACAUAUUAGAAGAUUGUAAAGUGGAUAUGGACGACCACAUCAUAAUUGAGCAAGAUCGGCUCUCUCAACACAAAUUUUUGACAAUAUUAAACACUUUGAAGUCACAAAACUUGGACUUUUCAAAACCCCUUUGGAAAUUUCACAUCUUCACAAAUGUUGCUGGAAAGUGGAAAUUUGUUGCGCAGAUAUCCCAUUGUCAUGUCGAUGGUGCGUCUGCAGUGAGGUUGUUAUCUGAUAUCACCAACUACACAAAUUGUGAGCAAAAGAGUCUUGUGACACCACCACUUCAGACAAGACCAACUUCAAAUGGUAACAAACACCAAUUUUCCUUUUCGCGAAGUCUAAAAAUGUUGUUUGCAGUUUCAUAUCAUUUCAUUCGAGCUAUUGUGUGUGCCAGAGAUUGCACACAACGUUUGAGGAAAAUUGUUGUUGGCCGACAGAAGUGUUAUUGGGGACAAUUGGGAACCAUUUCUGACAUCAAAAGUAUUGCGACGAAGUGCAAUGGAAGGCUCAACAGUCUACUUUUUUCUUGUUUAUCAGACACAAUACAAUCCAUAACAAAAGAAAGGUGUUGUGAUGACUCUGUCAAGUUUUAUGUCGCGACGAAUAUGCGAGGGUACGAAGACAAUAUAGUGCUAGGUAAUAACACUGGGUUGUUGUUGCUUGAACUUUACUCCGAACACAAUUUAAAGUUGCGAGUGAAACAAUUUGACUUAAAACUUAAGGAGUCCAAGUCAAGUUGUGAAAUGGUGUCUUACCAUAUAAUGAUGUCUAUCAUCGGAGCAUCACCCGACUUCUUCGAGAAAUUUGGAAUUACCAUAAUGGACAAAAAGGCAACACUGAAUGUCACAACGGUUGAUGGUGGUGAUACGGAUCUCUAUUUUUUCAAUCAAAAAGUGGAGGAUCUCAUUGGCUUUGUUCCACAUUUGGGGAGUACAGGAAUUGGUGUUUCGUUCAUUGGUGUUGGUGGGAAGAUGGUUGUAGGUUUUACAUGUGACGAAGGAUUGGGUCUGGACCCAGCUGAUUUGUUCAACGCCUUUUUGAGUUCAUUUGAACAGCACAAAGUCGUUGUUUAG